AUGCUAAUAACUCUCAGUCUCAGACUGGUACUGGUAGAUGGUGAAAACUAUGAUGAUUACAUAAGCACCAAAACAAAGUUUCUCACUCCAGAAAUUCUUCAUACCCUACACAAGUUUUUCUUUGACCACGUCCUAAAGUGGAGUCAGCAUAAGUGUGUGGGUGUGCAUCAUUUCAUGUCAGGUGUCUCACAUGUCAAGCAAAUGACUGGCAGAGAGCAUUGUGAUAUCCAGCACACCAUAGUACCUACAAUGUGGGGAACCAUAAAUCCUGCAUUCAUUUGUGCAGUCCAUGCAAUGAUCGAUUUCAUUUAUCUUGCCCAAAAUCCAGUUCAUACUGAAGCAUCAAUUAAGGACAUGUCAACUGACAACUUUUUCAUUCCCAAACUGGAGCUUAUGCAGAGCUUCACUUGUGCAAUCCCACAAGUUGGCUCACUCAUUCAAUACUCAGCAGAUGUUUUGGAAUGUCUUCUCAUCACCCACUGCAAAUAUCCUUUCAAGAAGACCAGUUGA